AUGGCGUCCGCAGCAGCUGUCGCGAUGCCCUCGCAGCCGCUUCCUAUGACCAAGCCAGUGCUGAGCACCAUCACCGCCUCCUUGCCCAAGCCCGUCAUCCCAACGAUCCUCAUCACACCUCCCGACACUGCCCCACAGUACAGCAUCUCCCUUCCGGAACAGCAGUACGAAAAGUCAGUCCUCUUCGUACCAGUAAAGACCGAAGAGCUCGGCUGGGACGAGCACGGGCUCUACUGGAACGGCACCUACGCCUACCCUGUGCACCAGAUCUACAACAAGCAAGGGCGACCCAUCGGGCGCCGACGCCGGGGUCCCGCAGGCUAUCGCUUCGAGGAGUACUACACGCAGACACCUCAAUCUUCGUCUCCAUCCUCAACGUCGGAUGAUGCAGUCGAGGCCAAGGUGAGGCUGGACGAGCCGGCGCCGGCUAGGAUUGAGAAGACGACCCUCCCACCCGUAUCGGACGAUGUCGAGGCUUCAACGGACGACGAGGAGGAGGACGUUGCAAGUCCGGCCAGUCCCUCGCUCUCUGUUGGGUCUGACCUGACCGAAGAUGAUGCGAGCUCGCUCUGGUCGCGCACCGAGGCGGAUUCUUCCGACGACGAAGUCGAGAGUAGCUGCACCUCACCUGGUCUCAUGUCUCCGCCGAUGGAUCUGGACGCCAGCCCCUCGCUGCAGGCCGACAAGCUCAGCGCGAAGCUCUCCGACCUCGACGCCGGCAACAAACCCACCACCUCCAGCUGGGUAUCGCUAGGCACUCUUCCGUCGUCAUCACCAGCGGCAUCGUCGUCAGCAUCGAGCUCGCGAUCACAAUCGUUGCCGGUGCCACGGAGCAAGCCGGCGCUCGAGCUGUCGCGCGCACACCGCGCCACCUCCACGCUCGUCGUCGACGACUCGAGGCGGCACAGCAGCGGCUCGUACAGCUCGAUCAUUCACGACCUCACCACGUCCCCCUUUGCGCCCGCUGCCAAAACGCCGUAUCGCUCCGCAACCCUCCCCCGCUCCUCCUCGCGCGCCGCAUCCAGAGGCACAAUUCUUCGUCCGCCACCCCACUUUGUCCCCAGCCGAGAGGCCCGCAAGCGAUCCAGCGAGGACUUCUCAGGCAAGGCAAGCCGCGGCAGGUUGGAAGCAGAACACGAUUUUGCGGCAGGCUGGACCUUCGAAAACGCCUCCUCGAUGCCACUCGUCAACGACUACUAG